AUGAUACUUGUUACUUUCGUACUUUUUAUUUCUUCUACGUCAAUAAUAACAGUAGCAGCAGCUAUUGAUAUACUUCAAAUAGUUCCUGGCUUUACUAACAGCCAUCUGUUAUUCAAUUAUCGUCUGGCGACAACACUGUCACAGUUAGGACAUCAUGUAAAAUUUUGGACUCAAAUGGAGAUGAAUAUGGUUUCCAGUGGCGUUCAGAAACCAAACAAAGACAUUCCUGAACUUCAAAUUUCUAUUCAUUUUAGCGACAAAAUGAAAACUGAAGGAUUAAAGGUUUUUCAAGAAAUGAUGUUCAAAAAAAAUGACGACUAUGAUUUAUGGUGGACGGGUCAGCAAUUUAAAGACAUGCGUACAGAGGCCUGUGAACAAAUGCUGCAAGUUAGCCAGCAAGAUUUAGAUAAUCUUUGGCAACAUCGGAAACCAAUGAUUGCUAUCGGGCACUUUCAUGAUCUAUGUCCGUUGGCUUUAGCAAGAAAAGCUAUGAUUGAAAAGCUAAUUUGGAUUACUCAUGGAACAUCACUGUUUGACUUUGCUGCAAUUCAAAUGGGCAUUCGUACCUAUCCGUCCUACGUGCCGCACCCAUUAUCCUCUUACGGCGACCAAAUGACAUUUUUUGAACGAGUGGCCAAUACGCUUUGGUGUUUGUCGACCUUAGACUUCGUUAACUUACCUCUUAAUUUGCUUUACGAAGAGAACAGCAUGUAUCGAAAAAUGAUGUCACCAAACGAACCCGACCUAUGGAACCUGUCGAAAAAUGUUCCUAUUACUCUAAUUAACGGAGAGCAGUUGCUGGACUUUCCACGACCGUUACCGUUAUCUAUAGCUUUCAUCGGUGAAAUUGAGAAGCGCGAUAAAAAAAAGAUUACUCUUGAUCAGAAAAUUCGUGCUAUUGUGGACUCAUCUGAUCUUGGUUUUGUCAUAUUCUCGUUCGGCACUGUUUGCAAUACAUCCAGCAUGCCUGCUUCCAUGCGUAAAAGUUUUUUGGAGGCAUUUGCGUCCUUCCCACGAUACACUAUUCUUUGGAGAUUUGAAGGAGAUUUCCCCGAGGCCAAAAACUACAAAAAUGUUAAAUUGUUUCGUUGGCUACCACAGAAGGAACUUAUGUGUAAAUUUGACCAUCAGAAAAUGAAGCUGUUAAUAGCGCACGGAGGAUAUAACAGCUUUUUGGAGACUGCCAAAGCUGGAGUUCCUGCACUGCUGAUGCCUUUAUUUGCUGAUCAGUUCAUAAAUGCUCGUCGAGCAGAACGAUUUGGCAUAGCCGAAUCACUUGAUAAGACGAAUUUGACAUCGUAUAACAUCAGGCAGAAAAUGACGAUGGUCUUAGAAAAUCCAAGGUAUAAGAAGAAAGUAAAAAAGUUGUCGGUAAUGUUGGAAGAUAAGCCGAUAUCCAAUCCAAUGGCAGUACUUUCUCACCGGCUCAGAAUUUCUUUGAGAAACCCAAAUUAUUUUUCGCUCAAGACACGAUAUAAUCUAAAUUUUUUUCAACACUACUCAUUAGAUUUCCUGGUAUUGCCUGUGAUACUGAUCUUUCUUCUUUUAUAGAG